CGCCCUCAGUGCUGACAAGACUAUUCUGUAGCGAGUUGACGGUCCUUUCAGUUAUUUUUCGUCGAUUUUCGAUUUUACCCACGGUGUCGAGUCACAGUAACAAUACGGAGAGGGGCGGCGGAUGUCGGGUUUUAAGCUAGGAAUCGUACGGCUCGGUCGAGCCGCUGGAAAGACAAAAUAUUCCCUGUUAGAUGAGAGAGAUAUUUCCCUAGUGGAACGUUAUGCUUUUGAGGCACGUGUUGAGAUAGAUAAAGAUGGCAAUGGUGCUAGAGUGUUUGCGUGGGCAUACGAUAUGCACAAAGGCAGAGGCUCUGGACGCUACGUGCAUGAUCUAUUAUGGGAGAUGCACUGUGGAGGAAUAGCACCCACCUUUAAAGUUGUACACAAAAAUGGCGUCAGUGUAGAUAAUAGAAUGGAGAAUUUAACUUUAGUUCCUGUAAAUAGUUGUUACCAUGGCGAAGAAACGUUAAAAAAUGCAAAUAGAGAACACAGUUUAUACUGGGUUGCUAUUCAACAGUUGCCUGCUGAUCCCAUAGAUGAGCAAUUUCCAGAAAUGGUGCACUGUAAAUUUUAUAAUGCAAAUGGCGAGAUAGUAGAAGGGGAAGAUGAUAAUAUAUCCUAUUAUGAAUGUCAUUAUCCACCGUGUACUCAGAUGGAAUCGGAGCUUCGAGAAUUCAGUAUUUGUGGCCGAUGUCAAGAAGUUCGUUAUUGCGGAACCCACUGUCAACAAAGGGACUGGCCCGUACACAAGAAACACUGUCGUGAAAGGAAAAGAAGCCGAAUUUUUGACAGGCCGCCGGACAGAUAG